CGGACGGUCCGCCUCCUAUUCGGAACGGCUCCGGCGGCCAAAGCGGCGAGGGCCGGAGGCAGCGGGCGGGAUGACCGCGACGCCCGGAGGAGGGGUACGGACGCUGCGGGUGCCCGGCCGCCACGGCUACGCUGCCGAGUUCUCCCCAUACCUGCCGGGCCGACUAGCCUGCGCCGCCUCGCAGCACUACGGCAUCGCGGGCAGUGGAACUCUGCUAAUAUUGGAUCAAAAUGAAUCUGGGCUUAGGCUUUUUAGAAGCUUUGACUGGAACGAUGGUUUGUUUGAUGUGACCUGGAGUGAGAACAAUGAGCAUGUGCUGGUCACCUGUAGUGGCGAUGGCUCCUUACAGCUCUGGGAUACCGCCAGGGCCACAGGGCCACUGCAGGUCUUCAAGGAGCACACUCAGGAGGUGUACAGUGUUGACUGGAGCCAAACCAGAGGUGAACAGCUUGUGGUGUCUGGCUCAUGGGAUCAAACUGUCAGACUGUGGGAUCCAACUGUUGGAAAGUCUCUGUGCACUUUUAGAGGCCAUGAAAGUGUCAUUUAUAGCACGAUCUGGUCUCCCCACAUUCCUGGCUGCUUUGCUUCAUCCUCAGGCGAUCAGACUUUGAGAAUCUGGGACGUGAAGACAACAGGAGUCAGAAUUGUGGUUCCCGCACAUCAGGCGGAAAUUUUGAGCUGUGACUGGUGUAAAUACAAUGAGAAUUUGGUGGUGACAGGGGCGGUUGAUUGUAGUUUGAGAGGCUGGGACUUGAGGAAUGUACGACAACCUGUGUUUGAACUUCUCGGUCACACUUAUGCUAUUAGGAGAGUGAAAUUUUCACCAUUUCAUGCUUCUGUGCUGGCCUCUUGUUCCUAUGAUUUUACUGUAAGAUUCUGGAACUUUUCAAAGCCUGACCCUCUUCUUGAAACAGUGGAACAUCAUACAGAAUUUACUUGUGGUUUAGAUUUAAGUCUUCAGAGUCCUACUCAGGUGGCUGACUGUGCUUGGGAUGAAACAAUAAAGAUAUAUGAUCCUGUUUGUCUUACCAUGCUGGCUUGAGACAAACUUCUCCAUUCAGAAACACAGGAGACUGACUGAAGAACUGCUCAGCAGGAAAUAAAUUAUUGAUACUAUAGAUUUCAUGUUUUUAUAUACUAUUCAUAUUUCAAAGUUUAAAAAUUCAUUUUGGAAUCAAUUUUGAGGCAGCUGAUAAAGACUUUGGCUCACUAUUUAAAGCCUGGUACAUAAGCCAUAUUUCUUAAAAUCUUAAUAAUAAUUGAAGUUAUGGUGUAUGGUGUAUCUUGUAGUAUCUAUUAAAAUAGAACCUAUUAUAAAAUGGAUUAAAAUAUG